AUGCUUCCAAAGAAAGGUGACCUCAGCAACUGUAACAACUACAGAGGUAUCACACUCCUGUCAGUGCCAGGCAAGGUCUUCAACUGGAUCCUUCUAGAGUGGAUGAAGGACAUCGUUGAUCCACAACUACGAGAUGAACAAGCAAGUUUCCAGCAGAAUCGAUCAUGCAUGGGCCAGAUUGCAAUGCUGCGCAUUAUAGUCGAGCGGUCCUUGAAGUUGAACUCAUCGCUGUACAUUAACUUCAUCAACUAUGAGAUGGCGUUUGACAUUGUGGAUCGAGAUAUGGAAGCUCCUCCGGCAUUACGGCGUCCCAGCAAAGGUGGUCAACCUAAUCAAGAGCUCAUAUGA